UGAAAGUGUUGAGGUCAGUGUGGAUUCAAAUUUCAUACCAUUCAAAUCGGAGAUUCAAUUAACUCACAAGAUUUUAAGUCCAAAGCGAUCUGCUUCUUGCUAUAAAAAUCAGUUGAUUCAUUGGUAUAGUUUUAAAUUCAAACAUUCGUGAUCAUCAUUAUUCAACUUUGAAUCGGUGGAAAAAAAAUGAAUAUCGGUUUGGUUGUGAUUUUCUGUUUGCUUGGAAUCGUAUGCGGAAAGACAUUUGACUAUGUCGUAACGGGGUCUAUUGAGAGCGUUUUUUACGGAUCGAGUAAAGAGUGGCCGUGCUACGUUGCGGUACGUAGUAACGACGAAAAUAAUUCAAAUACAUUGUUCUAUCAUGCAGCCAACAAUAUUCCGAUUUGUGAAUUUGCCGAACGAUCACGAACCAAAGAUGUGCAAGUUAAUUUAUAUGGUAAAACUUAUCCAGGACAAAAUAAUGCGGUAGACAGCAUUGAAUAUUCUGAUACAAAUGCCAAAUUCUGGUAUCGCUAUUGACUUUCAUUUAUUCAGUCGAAAUGAGAUGAGAUAUUUUAACCAUGGACAAAUUGCUUCAAUCUAUUUUACUUCGCUUCAUUUUAAGUUCAUUGUUGAAUAAUGAUUAUUUUAAUUAAAUAUUUACAUGAGCAAUGAAAAUAAAUCUCAUACAGAAAAAAAA